AUGGAUUUUCCCGAUCAUGUAUUAUUUAAUGUAAACGUUGCUGUAGUAGCAAUGGUAUUUAGGAAAAAAUAUGGACAAGAAUUCGAAAGAGCUGAUAGCACAACUAAUAUUAGCAGCGCAAGUAAUGUAAGCUAUACAAGUAAUUCAAGUACAAGAUCGAUAGUUACAUCGGAUGAAAUGUGGACAGCGUCGGAAAAGCUUUACAAUACUCUGAUCCAGUGUUUAGAAACAGAAGAUUCCGUAUUAAAUUUUAUAAAUUGGUUUUUAGACGGUGUACGAAAAACGUUCGAAUCCGAAAACUCUUUUGCAUUUCUAAAACAACAAAUACUAGUAUUUCCCGACACUUGUUUCCUAUAUCGAUUGAAUGGGACAUUAAAACAAUGGGUAACUAAUAUGGAAUGUAUGAUUAUAUUGGAUUAUUUACAAUGCCAUAGUGAAGAAAGUAUUAAAGAUAUAUCCUUAGAAAAAUGGGAUGAAAUUUUGAAAGAGUUUGCCUCAAGAAUGCGACGAAUUUAUGAGAAUAGAAAAGUGUUAAAGUGUAGAUCAUUAGGUCAGUCUAAGGAACAUUCGGAAGUUCAAGUUAAGAGAAAGAGUAGUAUUAGUAGUAUUACAAGAAUCAAGAACCUAUUAAAGAAACGACCAAGUUUAAAGAAAAAUAAAACUAGAUCAUCGAAGUUAAAUCCAUCGACAACAACGAAUUCUUUAAUUAGAAUUAAUCAAAUUCCCGUAACUGUUUCUCCAUUACAAAAUAAAUUCAUUCAAAAGACAGUUGCACUAAAACGUCUUGUGGAUUCACAGGAUCUAAGUUUAAAUUUCAUCAAUAAG